ACCCAAUAGCAGAAACGACAAAUAAAUGGCAUUUUGGUCUUUAUGGACCAUUCUCUCUCAUUUUUCAACAAAACCCAUACCUUCCCCACGUUAACUAACCAACCGUACCCAUACUCCAAAAAACACAACCAAAACAAAGACACAACAAAAACAAACCCAUACAAGAGAAAAACUCUACAACGAUGAAGAAGAUUCAGAAACAAAACACAACAAACCCAUUCGAAUCCCUCUCCGAAGAACUCAUUUUCACAAUCCUCGACUUCCUCGAAGAACCAAACAACAAUAACAACUCACAACAAACCAAAAAAUCAUUCUCCUUAUCUUGCAAAUGGUUCCACGCGCUAGAAUCAAAACACCGACGCGCUCUCCGUCCCUUACGCGCCGAACACUUACCUUCAAUCCUCGCGCGUUACUCCUCCAUCCAAACCAUCGAUCUCUCGCUAUGUCCGCGCGUGAACGACACCUCUCUCUCAAUGAUCGCGGAGGCCUACAAAGAAACGCUUACUCGGAUUGAUUUGUCGCGGUCGAGAUUCUUCACCGGGAGUGGUUUACUGAGUAUUGCCGCGAGUUGUUUGAAUUUGGUUGAGCUUGAUUUGUCGAACGCGACGGAGUUGAGAGACGCGGCGAUGGUGGGUGUUGCACGCGCCGGGAAUUUGGAGAGGCUUUGGUUGAAUAGGUGUAAGUUGGUUACGGAUAUGGGGAUUGGGUGUGUGGCGGUUGGGUGUAGGAAGUUGAAGUUGAUCAGUUUGAAAUGGUGUGUUGGUGUUGCUGAUUUGGGUGUUGAUUUGAUUGCUAUUAAAUGUAAAGAUCUUCGAACUUUGGAUCUUUCAUAUUUACCGAUCACGGAGAAAUGUCUCUCUUCGAUCUUCAAAUUGCAACAUCUCGAGGAUUUGGUCCUCGAAGGAUGCUUUGGCAUUGGCGACGACAGCCUCAGCAACGAAGUCUUCAAACAAGGGUGCAAGACAUUAAAGAAACUUGAUAUCUCGGGUUGUCAUAACGUAAGUCAUACCGGCCUGUCAAGGCUAACAAGCAUUUCUCGAUGUGUCGAGCAACUGGUAUUAGCUGAUGGUUCUCCGGUGACUCUUGCUCUUGUUGAUAGUUUGAAUAAACUUUCAAUGUUGCAAUCGAUCAUAUUCGACGGCUGCACUAUUACCUGUGACGGAUUAAAAGCCAUUGGGAAUUUGUGCAUUUCGCUGAAGGAACUGAGUUUAAGCAAAUGUGUGGGAGUUACCGAUGAAGCUCUCUCUUUCCUUGUUUCAAAACACAGAGAUCUAAGGAAGCUUGACAUCACAUGCUGCCGGAAGAUAACCGAUGUUUCGAUAGCUAGCAUUACGAAUUCUUGCAGAAGUCUCACUUCUCUCAAAAUGGAAUCGUGCACGCUAGUUUCAUCGGAAGCAUAUAUAUUGAUUGGACAGAAAUGCCAUUUUCUCGAGGAGCUUGACCUCACAGACAACGAAAUCGACGAUGAAGGCCUCGAGUCCAUAUCUCGUUGUUCGAGGCUUUCCAGCCUGAAACUAGGAAUCUGCCUGAACAUAACCGAUAGAGGAGUCGCCUAUGUUGGCAUGUGUUGCUCAAAAUUAAAGGAACUGGAUCUAUACAGGUGCACAGAAGUAACAGAUUUGGGUAUUUCGGCAAUUGCGUUCGGUUGCCAUGGCCUUGAGAUGAUAAAUACCGCAUAUUGCACUAACAUUACCGACAGGGCAUUAUUCUGCUUAUCAAAAUGUGAAAAUUUGCAAACACUCGAAAUUCGUGGAUGUCAUCUUGUUACAUCUAUAGGUUUAGCAUCUAUUUCAAUGAACUGCAAACAACUAAACCGUCUCGACAUAAAAAAGUGUUACAACAUUGACGAUAGUGGCAUGAUUCCCCUAGCUCAUUUCUCCCAAAAUCUAAGACAGAUAAACUUGUCGUAUAGCUCGGUUACGGAUGUCGGGCUUCUGUCGCUUGCCGGUAUCAGUUGCCUUCAAAACUUUACCCUGCUUCACCUGCAAGGUGUGGCUCCACAAGGACUCGCGGCAGCCUUAUUGGCAUGCGGAGGGCUAACCAAAGCGAAGCUUCAUGUUAAAAUAAGAUCUCUUUUACCUGAAAUACUCAUCAGACAUGUAGAAGCGCGUGGUUGCGUGUUUGAAUGGAGAGAUAAAGUUUUUCAGGCUGAAUUGGACCCCAAGUGUUGGAAAUUACAGUUAGAAGAUGUGAUGCAAUAAGAUUUUGUAAGAUUGUCUAAAGUUGAUAAAGAUGACUUAUGCAACCAAUUUUGUGAAGAAUCUUACAUCUUUGAGAUUUUCUCAGAUGUAAAUGUAAUAAGAAUCUUACUUCUCUCUACACUUCCACUUAUACUAAGAGGAAAGAAUCAAGUAAUAAAAGAAAGAGACAUGAAAAUAUGAUACAAGUAUUUUGUUUAGUCCAUUGGUGGAGGUAACCAAGUAGUCUUACAUAAGUCCUUUGAUGGUCAAGACUUGUGUCGUGAGAGUGUGUUUCUUUCGAGCUCUCAUAUUUGAAUUUCGCCAAGUGCUAAUAAUUCUUGUGUUGAGUAAGAUGGAGCUUUCCAAAUUGAUGAUUAGAACUAGUGGAAGAUGGUUGAGGUGAGGGACAUGGACAAGGACAAAAAGAAGAAACGAUUACAAAUGAUGAAGUGGCAUUUCCACUAAAAGAAAGCAUUCUAGUUGGCAUAUCACAUGCAUGGCUUAGGACAAGACACUAUUUUUAUGUCUUUUAUUAGUCAACUUAUCACUUAAGGAUUUUUGUUAACAACAACCAAUAUAAUAUGUGGUAGGUUCCUUAUAUGUAUUUGUAGGUACGAGGCCCACUUAGAGUUGUCCAAAUAGGAAAAGUUAGUUGUGUUGUGGCCAUUACUAAGGUUCUUAUUUAUGGACUCCUAUUGAAUUAAGCUUUUUAGAAAAUUCUCCUUCUACCGUCCACAAAUAUUAGGGUCCUACCAAAAACUCAAUUUUAGUUUUUCUUUUAUAAAGGAUCUUCUAGAACACUUUUUAUUUA